AUGUAUUCCAGACCAUCAUCAAGCUCUAGCUCAUCUUCUUCAAAUAAUGAAGAAUAUGAUCAACUUGUUGAUGAACUAUUCACAAUCCACUACCCAACAACGAUAAUUCCCCAAACACAAUCCCAACUUACAACAGAUAAUGUACCUGAUCGUGAAACUCCAAGAUGGGAUACGAAUAGGAGAGAUAAGGAAAUGGGGCAUGAGAGGUUGUAUAAUGAUUAUUUUUCUGAUAAUCCUGUGUACAGCAGCAACCAAUUCAGACGAAGAUUCCGAAUGCAGCGACCUUUGUUCUGCCGUAUAAUGAACAAGGUCGUUGAAGGUGAUGUUUACUUCCAGCAAUGUAGGAAUGCAGCUGGAAAGUUGGGGUUAUCACCUAUGCAAAAAUGCACAGCUGCUAUAAGAAUGUUAGCUUAUGGCUUGGCUGCAGACGCCGUGGAUGAAUAUGUUCGCAUAAGUCAAUCAACCGCUCGUGUUUCCCUUAAACAUUUUUGUGCCGGGGUCAUUGAUCAGUUUAGAGCUGAGUACCUAAGAAAUCCCACAACUGAUAAUAUGUCACGCAUCUUGCAUCAAAAUGAAAUGCGUGGUUUUCCAGGCAUGAUAGGUAGUAUUGAUUGCAUGCACUGGGAAUGGAAGAACUGUCCUACGACUUGGAAAGCUCAGUAUGCUGGCCGGAAUAAGAAGGCAACCCUAAUACUUGAAGCCGUUGCGAGCCAAGAUUUAUGGAUUUGGCAUGCUUUCUUUGGUAUCCGUUCACCAGUAUCUGAAUGUGCUGUACCGUUCACCAAUAUUUGA